AUGGGGUCGAUGGUAGCUACAGCUGUCACGUUUCCUCCUUUCCAAGUUGGUAGUGGCUCUGUACCUCUGCCGUAUAGUUCUCUGUCAGGACUUGGAGUUGGCCAGACUGUCCCUAACCAAUCCAUCACCAGCCAAACUGCUGCUGCUGCAACUGUAGCUGCUCAUCAUCAGUUGCAAGUGUUGGCUCCCACAGGAAUAGCGGCAAGUAGCAGCAGCAGCAGCAGCAGUAGUAGUACUAGCAGCAGCAGCAGCACCAGCGGCGGCAGCAGCAGCAGCAGCAGUAGUAGUACUAUUUCCAAUAAUGCCAGUGGAGGUAUUCCUGUGGGAGCAACAACUGCUCCACAUUCUAACAAGUCUCAGCACUGCUGCCAUAUCUUCAGGCCAGCAAGUCACUACUCAUUCCCCAAAGUGGGGGGGGGGCAUGUUCAACCCCCCCGCCAGCAAAGAACAACGAAGAAGCAAUUGCGAAGCAGUACGAACAAGCAACAAGAGAGGGACAGCCAUCUCACUCUUCCUGUAAGUGCCGAUGCACCCGGUGAACAUGAUAUUGCAGCACAUCACCAGGCUGUUACUGCAGGCUUACCGUUGGAUCCUGCCGGUCAAGGAAUGGUGUACGCUAACACCCACACCAUGGCUCAUUUCCCGGUGAGUAUGGCUCCACAAUCUGGCACUCUUCCUCUCUCCCCGGCACCUGUCACCAGCUUUGGUCAAGGUCUGCAGGUCAAUGAGCCCGGUUUGAUGGUAGCUACUCCAGCUGCUCCGGCCAAGAUACUCAAUGACCAGUUGUCUGAGAUGAUUGCUACACCUGCUGCACAGGGAAGUGGAAGUCAGUUGGGCGUCGGGAGUGGUGUCCCAGUCUCAGUUGGUCUGCCAUACGUGGGUGGAGAUGGAACUGUCCCAUACACUGGGCAUGCGGGUGUAGGUCCAGGGACUGUAUGCCAUUAUCCAACUGCCAUCCCUUCACAUCUUGUGGAUGUUGACAUAGAAACUGAUUCAAACCAUGAUACUGCUUUAACUCUAGCCUGUGCUGGCGGUCACGAAGAGUUGGUACAGCUUCUCCUUGCACGUGGUGCCACAAUAGGUAUGUUCCAUUUAUUUUUAAUUCGGUCUAAUAGUACUGUAUAUUUACCUACAAUGUGAUACAAUAAUGUUACU